GCGGGCACCGUGUCAUCUGGCAAGGCAGUGGGCUCCGAGUCAACAGGCACGACAGCGGGCACCGGGUCAUCAGGUACCGGAUUGUCUGGCUCGACAGCGGGCAUCGGGUCACCAGGUAUGACAGUGGGCACUGGGUCACCAGGCAUCAGGUCAUUUGGCUCGCCAGCGGGCACCGCGUCAUCUGGCAAGGCAGUGGGCACCAAGUCCCCAGGUACGACAGCGGGCUCUGAGUCAAUUGGCACAACAGCGGGCACCGGGUCACCAGGCAUUGGAUCGUCUGGCUUGACAGCGGGCAUCGGGUCACCAGGCAUCAGGUCAUUUGGCUCGCCAGCGGGCACCGCGUCAUCUGGCAAGGCAGUGGGCACCGAGUCACCAGUUACGACAGCGGGCUCUGAGUCAAUUGGCACGACAGCGGGCACUGGAUCAGGUACCGGAUCGUCUGGAUCAACAGCGGGUAUCGCGUCAACUGGC